UACUAUACACACACACACGCACUCACACACGUUGGCCGCCAUCAUAGGUGGUGUUAGCCACCGAGCUAACUCUUUGGUGGUCUCGUCAGUGUUGUUAUGUGCUGAAAAGGAUCCGUCCUCGGCUGAUCGGAGCCGCCAUGGAGUGCCGCGUCCUGUCCAUCCAGAGCCACGUCGUGCGGGGAUAUGUGGGCAACAAGAGCGCCUCUUUCCCGCUGCAGGUUUUAGGCUUUGAGGUGGACUCCAUCAACUCUGUACAGUUCUCCAACCACACAGGAUAUUCCCACUGGAAGGGCCAAGUGUUGACAGCCGACGAGCUGCACGUCCUCUAUGAGGGCAUCAAGCUGAACAACGUGCACCAGUAUGAUUACGUCCUAACAGGGUACACCAGAGACACGUCCUUCCUGGAGAUGGUGGUGGACAUUGUUCAGGAGCUAAAGAGAGCCAACCCAAACUUGGUGUAUGUGUGUGACCCGGUGCUUGGUGACCAUGGAUCUAUGUACGUCCCUCAGAACCUUUAUCCCGUCUACAAGAACAAGGUGGUUCCUGUCGCAGACAUCAUCACUCCCAACCAGUUUGAGGCUGAACUGCUGACAGGUAAAAACAUCAGCACAGAGAAAGAUGCUAUCGAGGUGAUGGACCUCCUACACACCAUGGGCCCAGACACGGUGGUCAUCACAUCCUCUGACCUGCCCUCCAGGCUGGGAGACCGCUUCCUGGUGUCGCUGGGCAGCCAGCGCCACGUUCGUCCGGACGGCAGCAGGACGACGCAGAGAGUUCGGAUAGAAGUUCCCAAAGUGGACGCCGUGUUUGUCGGAACUGGUGACUUGUUUGCCGCCAUGCUACUGGCAUGGACGCAUCACUACCCCAACGACCUCAAGACGGCUUGUGAGAAAACAUUUUCGGUGAUGCAUCACGUCAUCCAGAGGACCAUAUCGUAUGCUCACGAACUAGCCGGUCCUGGUCGUAGGCCCAGUCCGCCCCAGCUGGAGCUGAGGAUGGUUCAGAGCAAAGCAGACAUAGAAGACCCCGCCAUCGUGACGGAGGCCACCGUCAUAUCGUAACGAUCGCCAGCCUUUGCCACUGUAAAGGUCAUUUUGUAACACAUCACUCCGCCACCUCCACACAGAGCCUCAGAUGGACAGGAAGCGUCGGCCCCCGCACAAACACAACGUGAGCGGCGGCUUCACUAAGGUUGUGUGCUGUGUGUAAGCACAACAAAACCACCACACGACACUUUGUGCUCCGCUUUGAGUCACUCGCCUCACGUCCUGUUUGUUGACGGCACCCAUUGUCGUCUUGGCCUUCAAAUGAGGCGUGGCUUUUUAUUAGUCAGUCCCUCCCCUUUUGCUGCGUAGCCAAGAUGGCCACUAUCGAGGGUGUGUGAAUGUUUGGAGUGUGCUUCUUGGUGUGAGCGCACUUAUGCACUCAAAACGUGCGAGAAGUGUAAGUACGCAAGUACAGUGUUCCCUCGCCGUUCACCUUUUGCUCUUUUUUUUUUGCAGUACAAUCUUGCAUGUUUUUUUUGUUUGUUUAUUUUUACAGUGUAUAAAAGGCGCAUUGCGCUGUGCGUGGUUGUGGUGUAUUAGAGCCCUUUAUGGGUGCUCUGUUCCAUGUUUGUUACUGCAUUUACUGCUGCUACCAGUAGAGGGUGUUGUAUACUCAAGUGAGUUGAAGACGUGCUGCUGGAGGAACGAUGUUGGCCCUCCACCUCGUCUCAGUAUGUGUAGCCGGCUAAAUAUAGAGCCACAGCAGUCCUGAUUGGCUAAGGGAGAACUUGCCCAUUGUGUUCUGCGUUCCGAUUGGCUGUGGACCAUUGACAAUCAAUCUCCUUCGUGCAGCACUGCCGUGUUUCCUAUUGUUUGCUAGCGUUCAUACAACAGCAGUGUGACUCUCAACGAUGUAUGUUUGCAUGUUUUCUCCCCGACAAAACCCACAACCAAACAUUUUGCACCCAAGAGGCAGAGGAAGCCAGCCAUCGCGCAGAAAGUUGCACUUGUGGACAUGCUGAAGGAAGGCAGACGUUAUGUAAAUGAAUCUUGGGUUCACGAAGGGCAAGCAGAAGUAAAAUACCAGGACAGGAGCAAUAUGUUUUAACAAGGAUGCGAAAACGCUACAGUACAGCCGAACAACGCCUGGAUUAAGAGGCACGGUCAGAGGAGUGAAAUACGCGUGAGUCACUGAAUCAUUUCUUGUGUCCAACCAAGUAGGUUGAUCAUAUAACCAUUGGAAACAAAGUUGGCUACUUUGCAGAUUUCACUCAUUGCGGACUAUUUUGGGAACCUAUCCCCCACCAUCAACGAGGGAACACUGUACACCAUUUGAGACGUAGCAACUGUGUAUCUCUGGCUCUGCCCAUUUCCCUACUUUGACUCUGCCCCCUGUCUUUAAGCAGUGAUGUAAUGGUGACCAAGCCCCAACACCCUUGCCCCCCCCCCCC